CUGGCCGAGAAGCGGAUGAUAUUGUCAGCUGGCUGAAGAAACGCACCGGCCCGGCCGCGACCACCCUGACGGAUGCUGCCGCAGCGGAGACGUUGGUGGAUUCCAGUGAAGUGGUUGUGAUUGGCUUCUUCCAGGAUUUGACGUCAGAGGCUGCCAAGGAGUUCUUGUUGGCAGCGGAAGCCGUGGAUGACAUUCCCUUUGGGAUUUCCUCCAGUGCUGACGUCUUCAGCAAGUACCAGCUCAGCAAGGAUGGCGUGGUCCUCUUCAAGAAGUUUGACGAAGGCCGUAACACCUUCGAGGGGGAUCUCACCAAAGAGAACUUGCUCAACUUCAUCAAGGCUAACGCGUUGCCUCUGGUCAUAGAGUUCACAGAGCAGACUGCUCCUAAAAUCUUUGGAGGGGAGAUCAAGACUCACAUCCUGCUGUUCCUACCCAAAAGUGUGUCUGACUAUCAAGAGAAGCUGGACAGCUUCAAGAGUGCGGCUGGAAGCUUCAAAGGGAAGAUCCUGUUCAUCUUCAUCGACAGCGACCACAGCGACAACCAGCGGAUUUUGGAGUUCUUUGGCCUGAAGAAGGAGGAGUGUCCGGCCGUGCGCCUGAUCACUCUGGAGGAAGAAAUGACCAAGUACAAACCCGAAUCGGAUGACCUCACUGCCGACAAGAUUAAGGAGUUCUGCAAUAAGUUCCUGGAGGGCAAAAUCAAGCCCCACCUGAUGAGUCAGGAUCUCCCUGAAGACUGGGACAAGCAGCCUGUCAAAGUUCUGGUUGGGAAAAACUUUGAAGAAGUUGCCUUUGACGAGGAUAAGAACGUCUUUGUGGAGUUCUAUGCCCCCUGGUGCGGUCACUGCAAGCAGCUGGCUCCUAUCUGGGACAAGCUGGGAGAGACCUACCAGGACCAUGAGAACAUUGUCAUUGCCAAGAUGGAUUCGACAGCCAACGAAGUCGAGGCAGUGAAGAUCCACAGCUUCCCCACGCUCAAGUUCUUCCCUGCAGGCUCCGGCAGAAACGUGAUCGACUACAAUGGAGAGAGGACACUAGAAGGCUUCAAAAAAUUCUUGGAGAGCGGAGGGCAGGAUGGGGCAGCAGCGGAUGACGAUUUGGAGGACCUGGAGACGGAUGAAGAAACAGACCUUGAGGAAGGUGACGACGAUGAGCAGAAAAUCCAGAAGGAUGAAUUGUAAGGAGAAGACUGAUCUGCAUCACCCAAAAAAUCAGACACUAAGCUGGCUGCUGUUACGCAGCCCAGUGAGUCGGGAACCCAUUAAGAUUUAAAGCAGAAGGUGAAUGACUGGAAAUCCAGGGAUUGGCUUUGAGUAACGCUUUCCCCCACUUGCCUGUACACUCGACUGUUCCCUUUCCUUCGCCUCCCAGAAGGCUCUGUCUCCAGAGCCAGCCCAGCCAGCUGGGCGCCGCUUUGUUGGGAUGUACCUGUUGUACACAGCCCUUGUUUGUGUUCUGUUCUUCUGGG